AGGUGCUGUAGGAACAAAAGGAGGAGCGAGGAGAAGAGUAUCGUACCAGGAGAACGCAGACGCGAAGCAGGAGGAGGAACAGGAAGGGAAGAUCAGACCCUCCAUGCACGACUAGUGGAGCACGUGAAGUCAGAGACUUCUUUGUGAUUGUGAGUUGCCCAGGGUUGAAGUUUUCUGUAUGGACGCAUCGAGAGGAAAACUUUAAGGAUCAGAAUCUUGAAGGAAUACCGACCAGAAUGGGUGUGAUUCUCAGCAGAAAGAAGGAAGCUCCUCCUCCAUUGAGGAGCAGACAAACAAGCUACGAGAGUGAAGUGUCGCAAGAAGUACCUGGUGACCUACUUGAGACUCAGGUCAUGGACAGUUUGUGGAAGGUUAAAGUAGGAGUUGAAAAUGUAAAUAUGCGGUUCCAUUCCAUGGGCUUGAGAGAGUUUUCAACAAGGCUCAGAUUGCAACCGCAUGACUGCUAUCGAGCGCUGAACACGUUCAAGCAAUGCUCCAACAAAAAAGGGCACUUGAUGCCUGCAAAGUUUGCGCGGAUGUUGGGUUGGCCUUCGGAAAGGAACUUGGUGCUAAAUCGUGUUAUCAGUUGCUUUGACAAUGACAAGGACGGCAACUUAGACCUGCGAGAGUUCAUGAUAUUUUACAAGAUGCACUGUGAAAGCGUAAGCCCAGUUGAUGUGAUGAGGUACUGGUGGUGCGACAAGUCAGCGAAAUUUGUUGAGAAAGAUUUUGCAAUGAUUGCUUGUGAUCAAUCUGAUACUCGAUCUGGAAUUGACAACGUCCAAGUUCCAGUGAGAACAGUUGCAAGGCUUAUUCGAGAUGUGCUGAGUAGCUGCCAUGGAAUGCACAUACGCGGAGCAAUCGAAUAUUCUCAGUUCAUAACGAGGCCUGCCCCCUCGAAGAUUUACAUCAAGGUCCUGAAAAACAUCCGAGCACACAGCACACUAGAUUUGGAUGGCUUGCUUUCGUUCGAAGACUUCUUCACGCUGUGUCAUACGGAACACCCUCCCUUCAUGAAGAUUUUCUUCAAUCUCUUCCUGGAUGUCCAUCACUUACUGUUGGGAGGGCAUGUGCCAAAAAAUCCAACAAGCUUUGACCUCUUCGAACUUCGCUGCUUUUUUGAUGGAAAGAUGGGUGAAUACGUGGACGGCUGUAUACAACUUAAGGAGAAAAGGAGGGAAAUAAGGAUGGAGCAGGAAUUGAUGGAUAUGCAGUGGGUGCAUGAAUCAUGAUACAUUAGUUGGAUAUUCUUGUUUAUCAUCAGUGUAAAUGCCCGCAAUGUGAUGUCGAUAUGUUCGAUCAGAUGUUGUCAUUUUGAAUCUUUGAAUUGUGAAAUAAAUCUGAAUGAU